AUGGAUCAGAUAAAUUUACUUCACAGUCAAAGAAAAAACCUCCAAGGUCCAGGUGGCAAGUCCUCAACAAGUGGGUCCUCCAAAGAUCUAUGGCUAGCAGUGCAUGGAGGGUCUGUGGUAGAUGUAGAUUCAGCCUUGGUCUCACUGAAGAAAAAUGGAGGAAACAUCAAUUCAAGAAACACUUUUGGCCUUACCCCUCUUCAUAUUGCAACAUGGAGAAAUCACAUUCCAAUUAUCAGAAGACUACUAGCUGCUGGUGCAGACCCUAAUGCCAGGGAUGGAGAAUCUGGAUGGAGUAGCCUUCAUCGGGCGUUACAUUUUGGUCAUUUGGCUGUUGCUAGUAUUCUUCUUAAGUCAGAAGCCUCUGUUGCAAUUGAAGAUUCCAAGUCAAGAACACCUGUUGACCUUCUCUCUGGGCCUGUUGUACAGGCUAAUGGCAAUGGAGAUGGUUCAGUGGUGACAGAGCUGUACAGUUGGGGUAGCGGUGUUAAUUAUCAACUUGGGACUGGAAAUGCUCACAUACAGAAGCUCCCAUGCAAGGUUGACUCACUUCAUGGAUCCUUCAUCAAGUCCAUUUCUUCAGCCAAGUUUCAUAGUGUUGCUGUGAGUGCUGAUGGUGAAGUUUUCACUUGGGGAUUUGGUCGCGGUGGUCGCCUUGGCCACCCUGAUUUUGACAUCCAUAGUGGUCAGGCGGCAGUCAUAACUCCUAGACAGGUAACAUCCGGAUUAGGGGCCCGCAGGGUCAAGGGAAUUGCAGCUGCUAAACAUCAUACAGUUGCUGUCACAGAGGGUGGUGAGGUCUUCACCUGGGGUUCCAACCGAGAGGGUCAACUUGGUUAUACUUCUGUUGAUACUCAAGCAACCCCAAGAAGAGUUAGCUCAUUAAAGUCAAAGAUAGUUGCUAUUGCUGCAGCAAACAAGCACACUGCUGUUGUUUCUGAUUCGGGUGAGGUUUUCACUUGGGGUUGCAAUAAAGAAGGUCAACUUGGUUAUGGAACUUCAAACUCUGGCUCAAAUUACACCCCGAGGCUCGUUGAGUAUUUGAAAGGAAAAGUUUUCAUUCGUGUGUCAGCAGCCAAGUAUCACACUGUGGUUUUAGGAGCCGAUGGAGAGGUAUUUACUUGGGGUCAUCGGCUUGUAACUCCAAGACGUGUAGUUGUUGCAAGGAUUUUGAAAAAAGUUGGAAGCACUCCUUUAAAGUUUCACCGGUCAGAACGCCUUCAUGUGGUUUCAAUUGCUGCAGGGAUGAUGCAUAGCAUGGCUCUUACCCAUGAUGGUGCAUUGUUCUAUUGGGUGUCUUCUGAUCCUGAUCUUAAAUGUCAACAGUUAUACGGGCUUUGCGGGAAAAGUAUGGUUAGUGUGUCUGCUGGAAAGUACUGGACAGCUGGAGUUACAGCAUCCGGUGAUGUUUACAUGUGGGAUGCAAAGAAAAGAAAAGACGAAGCUCCGGUCAUAACUCGAUUACAUGGCAUCAAAAGGGCUACUUCAGUUUCAGUUGGUGAAACACAUCUGUUGGUGAUUAGUUCUCUCUAUCAUCCUCCAUAUUCUCUCAAGGCUCCAGAUACCCCUCGGUGUUUAAAGAAAAAACUAAGUGAUGAUUUAAGCGAGCUGGAUGAAGAUUUUGCUUAUAAUGAUAUUGAAAUUGAUGAAAAGACAUCAAGUAUAGAAAAGAGUAACAGUGAAAACGGAAGUAAGCAAAUACCAAGUCUGAAAAGUCUUUGUGAGAAAGUGGCAGCCGAGCAUUUGGUGGAGCCAAGAAGUGCUUUACAACUUGUUGAAAUUGCCGACUCACUAGAGGCACAUGAUUUAAAGAAGCAUUGCGAGGAAAUUGUGAUACGUAAUCUUGACUAUGUUCUUACGGUUUCGACACAUGCAGUUGCUAGUGCUUCACUGGAUGUUCUUGUGAAUCUUGAAAAAUCUUUGGAUUCAAAGUCAUCUGAAGCAUGGAGUUAUCGUAGGCUUCCAACCCCAACAGCCACUUUUCCUGCUGUUGUUAACAGUGAAGAGGAUGAUAGUGACAAUGAGUUUCUCAGGACUCGUGAUAACAGCAAUGGUGGAAACAUGGGUUCUCACAAGGAAAGAAGCCAAAGAUUUGAUAGCUUUUUACAUCCAUAUGAUGAUGCGAAUCAACAAGUUGGCAAGCAUGUUCGGGCUUUAAGAAAAAAAUUGCAGCAGAUUGAGAUAUUGGAGGAAAAAAGAGCCAAAGGUUAUCAACUCGAUAGCCAACAGAUUACAAAACUUGAGACACGACCAGUGUUGGAGAAGUCACUUAUUGAGCUUGGUGUUCCUGUUGAAACGAUUCAAGCAAAGUCAACUUCCCCGGUUGACCAGGGAACCAAAAAACAGAAGAGAAAGAGCAGAAGAAAGUCAACACAAGGGGAAGAGGCACCUGGUAGCCAUGAAUCUGAUGCUAAAUUGAACACAGUCAAGGGUUUCUUACCUUCUGAAGCUUCUCAUGUUGACCACAAGGAGAAGGAGAUAGAUGACAAGGGCAAAACAGUGAAUCUGGUUAUCGAGGUGUCACCUAAUAGCAACUCAAAGAAAGAUCUUGCAAGCUCAAAAAACCGGAACACAUCAUCAUCAUCGUCAUCAUCAUCAACAUCAUCAAAGAAGAAAAACAGGAAAGGCGGGCUUUCAAUGUUCUUAAGUGGUGCUCUUGAUGACACCCCAAAGAUCGUUGCACCUCUUCCACCACCUUCACCAAAAAAUGAGGGCCCCGCAUGGGGGGGCACAAGUAUUUCAAAGGGACCCAGUCCCACUUCUCUUCGUGAGAUACAAGAUGAGCAGGAAAAAACCAUGGGAAGUAAGCCCAUGUCCAUUGCUAAAAAGAAAGAUCAGUUGGAGGUUUUAGAUGUGAAAACAAGUGGAAAACUCUCAUUGAGUUCGUUUCUGCCAUCAAACUCGAACCCCGUGGGUCCCAACCUGACCCCUCACAUGCCAGAUGUCGAAAAAAGCACCCCUCCUUGGGUUUCGGUUUCUUCAGGGACCCCACCUCUUGGUAUAGGUAUUGGUAGCAGGCCGUCUCUCAGGGGGAUUCAGUUGCAAGAGGAGAAAAAGCAACAGACGUUAUCACACAGUCCUAAAACAAGAACGACUGGGUUUGCUGUGAGCAGCGGUCAGGGUUCACCGUCCGAUUCAGGUGGUGGUGGUGGUGGUGUGAACCGGUGGUUCAAGCCGGAGGUUGAAGCUCCGUCUUCUAUAAGGUCAAUUCAGAUAGAGGAGAAGGCUAUGAAGGAUCUUAAACGUUUUUAUAGCAGCGUUAAGGUUGUCAAGAAUCAGUUUUAGAACAAGGGUG